AUGUUGACAUAUUUAAAUCGAAGACAGGGCUUUGGAUUGACACACAAGUUGGAAGAACAAAUUAAAGGGGAGUGUGAAUACUGGCAACAUGUCUUGCAGCGUGUUAUAGCUGUUAUUCAAACAUUAGCUGAACGUGGUCUGCCUUUCCAGGGAUCAAAUGACACAUUUGGAUCAUUGCAAAAUGGAAAUUUCUUGAGACUGUUGGAUCUUGUGGCUCAGAUAUGGCCUGCUAAAAAUGGGUCAAUCUCAAAAUAUGGGAAUGCUGGCAAAGGUAAUCCAUCAUACUUAUCCAAGACAAUAUAUGAUGAACGCAUUGGUCUAAUGAGUGACAAAGUUCGUUCAGCUAUUGUGAAUGAAAUAAGUACUGCUGGGUACUUCAGUUUAUCUGUUGACUCUAUACCUGAUCUUUCACAUAUUGAUCAAUUGAGUACUGUACUAAGAUAUGUGUCUCUCACAGAUGGAAAACCAGUUGAAAGAUUUAUAACAUCCCUCAAUUUGAAAAGCUACACUGAUGAAGAAAUGGCAAAUCAAGUACUGCAUUAUCUGUGCCAAGUUUGCAAAAUAGAUUUCUCAAAGUGCAGAGGUCAAGCUUAUGACAAUGCUGCCAACAUGUCAGGGCGUUAUCAAGGAAUGCAGAAGCUUUUAGAAUGGAACAUAUUCAUACCAUGUGCUGCACACUCUCUCAAUCUUGUUGGCCACUGUGCUGUUGAUUGUUGUCCUGUGGCAGUAAGGUUUUUCUCAACAAUUCAGUUACUUUAUACAUUUUUCUCUGCCUCAACACACCGAUGGGCAGUUCUUAAAACAUAUUUGGGCAAUGAUCGUGUGUUGAAAUCUCUUUCUAAUACUCUCUGGGAGGCACAUGCAGUGGCAACAAGUGCAAUUCUGGAGUCCUACUCAAAGACUGUGGAUGCAUUAGAAAGUAUAGCUGAAGACCAAUCACAAAAGGGAGAAACUAUACGAGAAGCAGAAAACAUUGCAAAUAAGAUGCAAGAACUAGAGUUUGUAUUCAUGCUGACCAUGUGGAAUGAAAUUUUACAACACUUUUACCACACAAGCCAAGCUCUCCAAGAAAAAAUUGGAUUUGGAAACAUGUGCAGACCGCUGUCAAUCAUUAGCAGACCACUUACACACUUGGAGGAAUGA